AUGGACCAAAUCCCGGGCGCACCACCGAUGCUGAAAGGGCCGGACUCAAAGAAGUAUACUCAGCUGCCGUACAAACCUAGCGUGGCACCUGAAUUAAUCCCGAAACUCUUUAUUAAGGCUCAUGCCGGAGCCAGAAAGGUACAUGCCCGAAAGUCCGACAUAUUCAGAAUUGCACAAGGAGAAUCCGAGUUGCUGCGGGAGUUUGUCACCAGAUUCCAAAAGGAGAGGAUGUUGCUCCCAGAUGUUCCAAACGAAUGGGUGGCUGAAACAUUCACCAAGGGGUUGAAUUCGAGAAGUUUAGAAGCAUCCCGGAAACUGAAGGAAAGUUUACUUGAAUUCCAAGAGACAACUUGGGCGGAUGUCCACAAUCGAUACGAGUCAAAGAUAAGGAUCAAAGAUUAUCAGGUCGGCUUCUCGUCGUCGGCAAAAGGUCAGGAGAAGAAUAAAGAAAAAUUAAAAGACGAUUUCGACACAAAUAGAUGGUCUUUGAGGAGCCGGUUUUUGCCCUACGAACGAAUCGAAGUACGCGGCAGAGGCUUCCGGUCAGCAGAUAGGUUCGCUACCGACAGAAGGACUGAUCGCGGUCGGAACAACAGAUCAUUGCAGGACAAAGAAGCAUCAGGUAUGUGGGAUCUUUCCUACCCUAGGCUGCCAGAAUACAAUUUCAAUGUCAGUAUAGUGGAGUUGGUAUCAGUUAUGAGAAACAUCAAAGAAGUGCGGUUCGCGAAGCCGAUGAGAUCCGAUCCCAGCCAGAGGGAUCCCAACUUGUGGUGUGAAUACCACAGGAUAAAUGGACACCAUAUCGGGGACUGCCGACAUCUGCGGGAAGAGAUGGUGACACUAUUGAAGAAUAGGCAUCUCAGAGAAUUCUUAAGUGACCGGGCCAAGAACAACUAA